CGAGUUGUUAUUGCUGAGUGAUCCGCGGUGUGCGUCCUUGACAACAGCGAUACUGGGGAAUCCUACCUGGGAUAUAUAUCAUAUAUCGUUCACAGCAGCAGCCACCCGAUCAAACAAAAUGCCGCGCGUUCGCUGUGUCGUGGACUUGAAACUGAAAGCUGUGAAGGCGCCAGGUGUGUAUUUCCUGAGCCGGGAGGACGUUUACCUGAGCGUCAGUCUGUUUGGACACAACAAGAGGACCCGUCUCUUGACUGCAGACUUCCCGCUCUACGUGCAACAGGAGCUUGUGUUUGAUAAGACUUACUACUCAGCAGUGUUGUCGUCUGAAGUUUUGGACCGUCUCCGAGAUGAACUCAUUGUGUUUGAGCUGGUACAGAUGUCUCGGUACGGAGGUUCCGUCAGACUGGCCUCAUACUCGGCUAAUGCCAGGGACUUCCUGUUCCCGAUUCCUUCCAGAUCCCUGUACCAUUCCUCCGAGAUCCGAGAAAUCCCUCUACGCAGACUCAUUGACUUCCCGGGUGAGAAUCCUAUAUGGUUGGAGUUUUCAUCUGUAACAGACAUCACAGAAACUGUUCUGCCCGAAGUGGACAGUGUCCUCUACAAGUCAUCACUGUCCAGCUCACCUCUGUACAAACCUUCCCUCACUGACUCCUUGGCGUACAAACCCAGACUGACCGACUCCCUCCUGUACCGGCCCUCAAUGACAGACUCCCCCCUGUACCGGCCAACAGUGACCGACACCCUGCUCUAUAGGCCCACCGUUCCCGAGAGGUAUGGAUUACGUCCCCUAACAGCCUCGGAGCGGCUGGAUCUAGAACGGACUGAACGAGCUUUAGAGCGCAGCCGAUCCAUGGAAAAAUUGGAACUAGAACAUCUCAGGGCACUCAACAAAUCUCGGGAACUCGCCAAGCUGGAAAUGGAGUUAGAAACAAAAAGACGCGAGAGAUUGGCUCGGGAACAAUUAGAAAAUAAUCUGAGACGAUCCCAGGCACGGUACCUUGAAGACUUAGAAAUGGAUAAACUCCGAAUGUCCCGGAGAUACAUGUACCUGUAGAGCAGGAGUAAUGAAUACGGUCCAACACUAGCACUGCUGCUACUGGAGAUUUAGCUAGACAACGAAGAGGUCUGUGGCAGCUAGAACCUAUAGCGACUCCUGGCAGACCUAGUUCUUAGUCUGUCUGUCCGACGUCACAGACUGUAGAGGUCUCUGUGUAGUGGGCAGGGACGGACAGACAUCAUUAUAGACCAGCAUUCUUCCUUUUCUGUGUAGCUCGAUCAAUGUUGACCCCUAACAAAUGUCUGUAUCUCAAUGACUAUAUAUAGCAAGUGUCCUGUUGAUAUUAUACAUGUAUCUAUUGGUAACACAUGCAGUUUUCAUGAGAUUUUUCAUCAUGUACUUAAUGUAUCAUAACUGAUUUACUUUAUUUAGACCACCUGGAUGGUAAUUGGUACCUACUUAAUCAAUGCUUCAUAUACAGAGUUAUUGUACUUUGAAAUUUAAUUAUUAAUCAUUUACUCAAUUUUUUUGUAGCACAACACAAAUGUUUUGUGAUAGAUAGCUAGAAAGUGCAAUAUUGGUCCCAAUAUUUCAAUUUACUAAGAUUCUAGAGAAUUGUUAUUUUUGCCUCAUUUUUUGUUACUGCUUGUAUGAAAUUUACUGUAUUAAUUGAUAUUUAAUUGUUGAUCUAAUUAAUAUUUAGACUAUUAAUAAAUAUUGUGUCCUUUUUUCAUUACAUCGAUUUUAUAUGACGAUGAUAAUUUAAGAUAUUUGAUUAAUUUACCAUAUGGCUUUAAUAAUAGCAGCUUUUUGUUGACAUUAAGAUUGAAUGCUCUCCCAUGACACAAUCAAAGGUGUCUUUAUGACAGCCAAUUCACAACAUACUCAACAUUCUAAAAUAUUCUCAAGUUGCAAAAGCUAAAUCUGCAUAUAUACUGUUUAUACAAAUUUUGUACGUUUAUAUUUAUAGUAGUUUGAAUUGUUUGAUUGCUAUUGACUAAUUCAAACAUAAUUAUAUAUUCUUUAACUCAUUAGCAAUUAAUUCUAGCAGAAAAAUAAAAAUAUAUAAAUAUUA